CGGUCAGAAGUCAAAAUGAACAUAAAAUAACAGAAUUGUCAAACAAAUCUGUUAAAACCUAUCAACUUUAAUCAAUUUAGAAAAACAAAUAUUCCACCAAAUUUAAACUGAUGAAAAACCGCAAUAAAUAAUAUUCCAGAAACCUUUCACAUCAUUUAGGUUAUCACCUUAAUUCUUAUUAAAUGUGGCAACGCCGAAAUAAUUUUGACAACUGGAAGAUUUCGUAUAAUGCGAUAAACUGUAUUAGUAAUGCUUGGACGUGUCAGAGCGUUCUUCCGUUUGACUCACCGCAAGUUGCCUCAUCAACAAUUCCAUAAUUACCAGAGAAUAUCACCCAUUUUUACAACAGCUACGAAGAUGGCAGACAAAGUAGAUAAGGCUGAGCUAAAAAAAAAGUUGACCCCCAUGCAGUAUCAUGUAACUCAGGAAAAGGGCACCGAACGACCUUAUACAGGAUGUUAUGAUAAAUCUUUUGAAGAAGGUACUUAUGUGUGCAUAGUCUGCGAACAGUCUCUUUUUAGUUCAAAAACAAAAUUUGAUAGUGGAUGUGGUUGGCCUGCCUUCAAUGAUGUUUUGGAUAAGGGCAAAGUAAAACUAAGUCCAGAUACUAGCGGAGGACGUAUAAGAACAGAGGUGACUUGCUCAAAGUGUGAUGCACAUCUUGGACAUGUCUUUGAUGAUGGCCCAGCACCAACCAGGAAGCGGUUCUGCAUAAAUUCUGCUUCUCUGAACUUUAUUCCAGGCAAAACGAUAGGAGACAGUUAAUAACAAAGCACUGGAGAUUUAUAUUAUAGGUUGCUUUUUUAUUGAAGUUAUUUUUAUAUGAGAAAAUUAUAAUUGGUCUAUGGGUGAUAUCAUAGAUGAAGGUCAUUGUGAUGAAAAAAAUUAUAAGAUCUUUAUGGCCCAAUUCAUGUUUCAUUAAUGUACUUACACUAUUGUAUCUACUGGAAUAUAAUGAGUACAGUAGAUCUUCGAGCUUGGGUUAUUAUUACAAUAUUGUUCAAUAAAUUUGUCUACUAAUAUCUUAUAAUAGAAAAUAUUCUAGUCUUUUCAUUUUAAAUAAUUUAAAAUUGUUUGAAAAAUGUUUUUUUGAUAUAUGCUACAAAUUAAGAGAUAUAUUCAAUACAGAGAUGGUUUCUGAAAUGAUUUUUGUGUUUUAAUUGUAAUUUCAAAAAUUCUAAUCAAAAUAUUGAUUGAGAUGAAUUAUUUAUAAUGAAUGUAAACUCAAAUGUAAGAAUUUUCAAGUAAUUAAUAAACGUAAUUGCUUAUA